AUGGAUUACUUAUUGUGUGAGAAAAUGUUAGUGAUUAUAGUUUUGGUUUUCUUUUCCAAUAGAAUUCCCAAUGUAGCAGCUGCUAAUGCCACAUAUCCAGCAUUGUUUGCAUUUGGAGAUUCAAUUCUAGAUACAGGAAAUAACAACGAUCGUUGGACAUUGACUAAGUGCAAUCAUCAUCCCUAUGGUAGAGACUUCGAAGGAGAAAUACCUUCAGGAAGAUUCUGCAACGGAAAGGUUCCUACAGAUAUUAUAGCGGGAGCUCUGGGAAUCAAACAAACAGUGCCAGCAUUUCAGUUGCACGACAAUAUAACGGUUGAUGACCUUGCCACUGGUGUCUGCUUUGCUUCAGGUGGCUCAGGAAAUGAUGAUUUCACGGCUGAGUUUCUAGGAGUUAUAAAGCUAUCAGACCAACUGGAAAAUUUCAAAGCUUACAUACAAAACCUAGAUGCGGCUAUUGGACCCCAAAAGGUGGCUUCCAUCAUAUCCAACGGCUUGUACCUCGUUUCAGCUGGGAACAAUGACAUUGCCAUUACCUACAGUUAUAAUAUCUUAAGGGGAACGAUGGAUUUCCAAACCUAUGCCGAUAACUUGGCUUUGUGGGCUUCAGAUUUCCUCAAUAGUUUGUACCAACUCGGAGCACGACAUGUGUGGGUUCUAAGCACCUUGCCCCUGGGAUGCUUGCCCUCAACUAGAACUCUACAGGGUGGACUACCUUUUAGGCCGUGUUCAGAUAAACUCAAUAAUGAAUCGGUAUACUUCAAUUCGAAGUUAGAAGAAAAGAUUUCUACUUUGAAAAAUCAAACCAACCUUCCCAAUUUCGAUGUUAGAUUCAUUGACGUCUACAAUCCUAUACUUGAACUAAUGCAAAAUGCUGCAAGUAAAGGGUUUACCAACGUAGCCAAUGGAUGUUGUGGGACUGGGGUAAUUGAACUUGGACCGCUAUGUAACUCGUUCGAUAUCUUAUGUCAAAAUACUUCAUCAUACUUUUUCUGGGAUGCUGCUCAUCCGACUCAGAGGGCUUAUGAGCUCAUUGUCGAUGAUAUACUAAAAGCAAACAAUAUUUCAAGCUCUUUUAAUUAUUCUCCUACAACUUCUACCAGUGCAUGUUUGGAUGUGUUGUGA